CUUCUUAUCCCGCCUCCGAGGGGCGGGCUCGGUCGUGUCGUCACUAGUCUGCGCUCCUGCAGCCUGGCAUGCGUUUCAAACUUAGGAAAGGUCCGCUGUCGGUCUCUGUUGUGGGUUCCCAGCAUGGUUUGGGUCAGCCGAGUCCUCCUCAGGAAGUAUGGCAGAUUUAUGGAUGAUCUAAGAAUCUACGUAAGAGGAGGAACUGGUGGAAUGGGUUUUGCUCGAUUAGGUGGGGAAGGAGGAAAAGGUGGUGAUGUCUGGCUGGUAGCCCAAGAAAACGUGACCUUAAAGAGAAUUAAAGCUCGAUACCCAUCAAAACGGUUUAUAGCAGGAACGGGAGUGAACAGUAGUAUUGUAGCACUGAAAGGUGCUAAAGGAAAAGACUGUGAAGUACAUGUGCCUCCAGGAAUAUCGGUCACAACAGAUGAUGGGGAAGUGAUUGGUGAACUUUACAAAGUAGGAGACAGAAUGUUGGUGGCACAUGGGGGUAUUGGUGGCUGCGUGGCUACAAAUUUCUUCCCCGUCAAAGGUCAAAAAUACAUGGUUCAUCUUGAUCUAAAACUUAUAGCAGAUGUUGGCUUAGUUGGAUUUCCAAAUGCCGGGAAAUCGUCUUUGCUAGCCAAGAUCUCUCAUGCCACACCUGAGGUUGCAGAUUAUGCCUUCACAACAAUACAACCUGAACUGGGAACAGUUAUGUAUGCUGAUCAUAAACAGAUUACAGUUGCUGACCUUCCAGGAUUGAUCGAAGGUGCACAUGCAAAUAAAGGAAGAGGGCACAAGUUCUUGAAGCAUGUGGAAAGAACAAAACAGCUUCUCUUUGUUGUGGAUGUAUCUGGGUUUCAGCUUUCUUCUAAUACGCCAUUCAGAACAGCCUUCGAAACAAUAGUGCUACUAGCAAAAGAGCUGGAACUGUACAAAGAAGAAUUUCGGACUAAACCUGCACUUCUUGCUAUUAAUAAAAUGGAUUUGCCCAAUGCAGAAGAGAAAUUGAAUGAACUAAAGGAAAAACUGCAGAGUCCUGAAGAUUAUAUGCACUUGCUUCCAAAAGAAAUGAUUCCAGAAGCCACUGUCAAAUUCAGAGAGAUCAUCCCUAUAUCUGCACAUACUGGUGAAGGAACUGAAGAACUAAUUAUGUGCUUAAGAAAUGUGCUAGAUGAAGAUGCUGAAAAGAAGAUUGAAAAUUCUCAGAAAGAGAAACUUCGCGCAUUGCAUCAUUCAGAAAUAUGACGCCCUUUACAUUCAAAAACUGUGUGCAAUGAUAAAGAGAUCAAUGGCUGACAUCCUAAUGAAAUGGGUUGUCCUUGUUUUGAGUAGGCAACUAAUGCGAGACAAAAACAUGAAAAUAUUCUCCUGAAACAUUUUUGGGCAGGACUAUUUAAAAUUGCCAAUUUAGCAACCCCACAGCGAAGUAUGAUGUGGAAGUGACAUAUUCCUUGUCCUGAAGUAUCAUAGAGUUAAUGAGACAAAAAUGAAGGGACAAAACAAGAUCUGAGCAAAGUAACAAGAGGCAGAAGGGAAGGAUUAAUUUAAUGGCUGGCAGAGAAUGACUUUGAGUGGAGCUGACUUCACAUUUAAUCAAAAUCUGGCAUCUGAUAUUCUGAACCUUCUUCAGUCUCUUCUAUAGCCAUACAAUUAAAAAAAAUUAACUAAAUUAAACAAACCAAAUUUCACCACAAAAAUAUAAAAACUGCACUUGGAAUAAAUUGCAGUGCUAUCUGGAUAGGAUUGAGGGGUUUUAUUUUAUUGGCACUAAGAAUGGGUGUAGAAAGAGAGUACAGUUAAGGAAGGGGGAAAGGAGGUAAAGUCUAUAGAGAACAACUAAAGGCCUAAAUUUGGUCUGCAUUUCUCUUGUACCAGCCCUCUUGAUCAUUCCACUCAAUCAGAUCAAUAUUUGGGGUGAUUCCACCAAAGGGUUCUGAAUUAUCUAUUUUGUGAUGCUCUGGGAAUAAGUAAACUUUUGUCAGUUUGUUA